AAGACAGUCGAGUGGCACAACAAUCACGUAGUCCUAUAAUUAUCUGAUCAAGCAUAAUGGCCCUUGCUAUGCAGCGCUCCGCUGCCCCGCGCCAGGCCUUCGGCGCUAAGCCUGCCGUCCGCUCGGGCGUGCGCGUUGCUCGCAGCCGCGCUUCGGCUGUGUCUGUGCGCGCUGACGGCGCUCAGGUCCAGGUGGACAUCGACAAGCCCCUGGGCCUGGUGCUGGAGCAGUCCACUGCUCCUGGUGGUGGUCUGGUGGUGAAGUCCUCUCGCGGCAACGCCGCCAAGGUUGGCAUCAAGGCGGGUGACACCAUCAUCUACACCUCGUCGUUCUUCGGCGAUGAGCUCUGGCCCGCUGACAAGCUGUCCUUCACCAACAACGCCGUGGCCAACUGCCCCUCGCCCGUGACCUUCGUCUACGUGCCCGGUGAGAACACCAAGGUGAACGUGAAGCGCCUGCCCAAGAAGCCCGCCCCGGCUCGCUUCGGCCGCAAGCUGACCUCCGCCGAGAAGGCGCUGGCCUCGCACAUCUGCGUGGACUGCGGCUACAUCUACUGCGACUCGACCCCCUUCGACGACACUGCCGCCAACUACCGCUGCCCCCAGUGCAACGCCCCCAAGCGCCGCUUCGUGCCUUACGAUGCCGAGUCGGGCAAGAGCACCGGUGUGGCUGAGGGCACCAUCGGCACCAUCGCCACUGUCGUCGGCGGCCUGCUGGGCAUUGGCGUCCUGACCUACCUGGCCACCAGCGUGUAAACGGCGCGCAGCAGAGCUGUGGAGCCCGCCGCGGAGCAGGGCUUGCGCGGUCUGCUGUGCCGUGCACCCGCUUCGCAGAGCAGCUGCUGAGAGAGGAGGAGGAGCUGAUUAGGGACGGGCAGCAGCGGUGCCGGCACUUUCAGUCCGGCUGCUGCUGUUCUGGCGAUUACGGGGAAUGAUGGUGUGCAGCGGCUCGAGUAGCGCUGAACACAUGUGUUGAGCAUGAUAAUACGGACUGGGAGCCGCAAGGCUCGCUAGAUUUCGCCCUAUCUGCGUUGCGGGGCCAUCCAGACUGCAGGUGAGCAACAUACCAACGAUUUGCGGCCUGUUGUUCUGGAGUUUUGGGCCUUCCCGGACCGGCAAGGGAUGUGUACAUGUGCGCAGCUGUGCAAGUGUCACCGUGUAAGAGGUUAGGUGUUUGGGUUGUGGGUGCAUGUUUGUGAUUUGUGCCCUUGGUGUUGAGCAAGUUAUGAAGGCUGCGUGCUGUGGAGGCGAUCACCUUUUGCAGUAUGGAAGUUCUGGAAUCCAUCUCGGCCGAUGCUUUAGACCACUGUAAGAACAUGACAAGCA